AUGCCAAACUACACCAAGUUCAUGAAAGAUGUACUAUCCAAGAAAGCACGAAUCGAAGAAGACACGCCAAUGAUACUCACGGCAACUUGCAGUGCCAUUCUCCAGGCGAAUUUACCAUGGAAAAUGAAAGAUCCAGGGAGUUACACUAUUCCUUGUAUUAUUGGAAAUUCUACUUUUGAUGAAGCUUUAUGUGAUUUGGGGGCAAGUAUUAAUUUGAUGCAUAUGUAUGUGUUUCUAAAACUAGGCUUAAGAAAUUUGAACCGUACGCGCAUGACUUUACAAUUAGCUGAUCGUUCAUUGAAAUACCGUGAUGGGAUUGUAGAAGAUGUGCUAGUUAAAGUAGACAAAUUUAUUUUACCUGUUGAUUUUGUGGUACUUGAAAUGCCUGAAGAUGAUGAAGCACCAAUCAUCCUAGGUCGUCAAUUCUUAGCCACUGGUAAGGCGUUGAUUGAUAUGGACUUAGGAUCUUUGAAACUUAGGGUAAAUGGGGACAAAGUUGUUUUUAAUUUGAUGAAUGCAUUCAAACACUCUAAACAUGUUGAUUAUUACAGUAGAAUAGACUUAAUCGAGGACUGUGUUUCCUCCAUUUCUGAUUUGCAUGAAUUAUGUGAUUCUGGUAAUUGA